CGAUACUAAGCCCAGUUUCCCUUCUCUCAUGCUCCCCAAUAGUUGUUGGAUCCAACGGAUCGUUCUCGGUCAGCAUUGGUUCUCGCCGAAGCCAUGGCGGUUGUCGUGAGCAGUGAUCCCGCAGCGAUCGCUAGAGCCUUGCGCCACAAUGCCUCCCUCGUUAGCGGCAGCGCCCCCCCGCGUCGUGGCACUGCCGCCAACAGAGAAGUGCGUUUCGCAGCGCGCGGCAGUGCCAGGGCUGUGUGCGGAGUCCCCUCGAGUUCAUCGAUCGUCGCUGCUCGAGCCGGCCACGGUCCUUGCAGCCAGUCCGCCCGCGAUGCCACGCGGGCAGCGCCCUCCCACCAGCCGGCCCGAUCCGUCGAGUCGAGGCGGUCCCCUGCCGACCGUUGGCUGAUCGGCGACGCGCAGUCCGCCGCCGUCUCGCCGUUCGUGGAGGUGAGGGACGCGCGUCCCUGGGACUGGCGGGUGGCGGACGGCGACGGGCAACGGGCAGCAGCGUCGGAUGGCGAGUGGAGGGGGGGGGAGAAAGCAGCCGACGAGUGCCGAUCUCGCGUGCUACCCGGAGUGGAUGGCGCGCUGCAGCUGCUGGCUCACGCUGACGCUGCGAUGACGUCAGAUUUCGCUCCAAACCCUGAGCCACGCACGGCCGUAGAUUCAGAGCCGCGCGGUUCCAAGGAACGCGAGGCGGUUGAGGGGCUGACUUGGAGCGAGCGGCUCAGGCUGGCUGCAGAGGCCGGGGAGGACGACGACGUGGACGACAUUCCCGAGGUGGACAUCGCGGAUCGCCUGCCCGAGCUGCGGGAGAUGCUGCAGCUGCUGCGCGCGAAGGCGCAGAGCGGGGCGGGGCAGCAGCAGGGGCGGGCGCAAGGGGAGGGUGGGCCGCGCGGCGAGGGGCCGGGGAAUGUGUUUCUCGUGGGCACCGGGCCGGGCGACCCCGACCUGCUCACUCUGAAGGCGGUGCGCGCGCUGCAGUCCGCGGACCUGGUGCUCUACGACCGCCUCGUCUCGCCCGCCAUCCUGCGCCUGGCGGCGCCGUCCGCGCGCCUGCUGUACGUGGGCAAGGCGGCGGGGUACCACACGCGCACGCAGGCGGAGAUCCUGCACCUGCUGCUCGCCUUCGCGGAGGCGGGCGCCGCCGUGGUGCGGCUCAAAGGAGGGGACCCGCUGGUGUUCGGGCGGGGGGGCGAGGAGAUGGAGUACCUGCAGGCGCAGGGCAUCCGCGUGCAGAUCGUGCCGGGCAUCACCGCCGCUUCCGGCAUUGCUGCUGAGCUGGGCGUGCCCCUCACGCACAGAGGCGUUGCCAACAGUGUGCGGUUCCUGACGGGCCACAAGCGCAAGGGAGGCGACGACCCCCUGUACGCAGCCACCACAGCCGCAGAUCCCGACGCCACCCUCGUGGUCUACAUGGGGCUCGCCACACUGCCCGCUCUUGCCGCCCGCCUGCUGGCUAAUGGGUUGCCGACGAGCACUCCUGCUGUGGCUGUGGAGCGAGGCACAACGGCGGCUCAGCGCACUGUUUUUGCCACGUUAGAGGAUUUGCCAGCAGCUGUGUCAACGGCCCAACUGGUGUCACCCACUCUCAUUGUCAUUGGCCAAGUUGUUGCCCUCUCCCCCUCCUGGCCCUUUGCCUCAACCACGUCCGCCAAUAUAAGAGUUGCGCCUAGCCUAGAAGAGCCUAGAGAUAGGCGGCUGAGAGGGCCAGAUCCUCUCGUGCCAAGCCAACAAAUCAGGCAUGGGGAGGGUGCAUAAGGAGGAAACAGAUGCGUUGUUAUUUGUGUGCUUGUUAUGCGGAUGUCAAGUUAUGUGAUCAGUGUACUGCACAAUGUAAGCCGGUUAAACCGUAACGUUGAC